CAGAAAUGUUUGUUGUUCUUACGUAGUCGAUGAUAUUUAUUUAUGGACUUGAAAAAUGGUUAUUCCUCAUAGUUGUCAAUUCACUCUGUAAUAAUAAGAUUUAUUGUCAGUGAAAUAUGUUGGAGCAUAUCCUGAACAACCUGUUAGGAAAACAUAUGGAUUGGUGUAGCUGAAUUGAACAUAACCUAUAGAACGAUUAUUGAAUUGUUCGUUUAAACUACGUGAUAAUAAAAUAUUCCAUCCAUCAAAAUGAAACUGCUGUCAAAAAACGUUGACAAAAAUGGUGACGGCGACAUAACAUUAAUCCCAGAGGAGCCGGAAGAUCUAUGGCAUGCCUAUAAUUUAAUCAGUGAAGGGGAUUCUGUGCGAGGAUCUACUAUCAGAAAAGUCCAAACCGAGUCGUCGACUGGAAGCUCAUCCAGCAACAGAGUAAGAACUGUGUUGACGAUUAAAGUGGAAACUAUAGAUUUUGAUACCCAAGCCUGCAAACUGAGACUAAAAGGUCGAAAUAUUGAAGAAAAUCAAUAUGUCAAGAUGGGUGCUUAUCACACGCUGGAUCUUGAACAGAAUAGAAAAUUCACACUUUACAAGUCUGAGUGGGAUUCCAUUUCCUUGGAACGAGUAGACACGGCUUGUGACCCUACACAGAGUGCUGAUUUAGCUGCUGUUAUAAUGCAAGAUGGAAUUGCUCAUGUUUGCCUCAUUACCUCUAACAUGACUUUGAUUAGAGCUAAAAUAGAUCAAAAUAUACCAAGGAAAAGAAAAGGAAACGUAUCACAACAUGAAAAGGGUUUGGCUCGCUUUUAUGAAAGCGUCAUGCAAGCAAUCCUACGACAUAUCAAUUUUGACAUAGUCAAGUGUAUUCUUUUGGCCAGUCCUGGUUUUGUUAGAAAUCAGUUCAUGGAGUUUAUGAUUCAAGAAGCAGUGAGAACAGAUAAUAAAGUGAUUCUAGACAAUAAGGCCAAGUUUAUGCUUGUCCACGCUAGUUCUGGCUUCAAGCACUCACUGAAAGAGGUGCUGGCAGAUCCAGCAGUCGUAAGUCGAGUAGCUGACACGAAAGCGGCAAGUGAAGUCAGAGCAUUACAGGCUUUUUAUACGCUGUUACAAACAGAACCAGCCAGAGCGUUUUAUGGGAAGAGACAUGUGGAAAAAGCUAACGAGGCUCAGGCUAUCGAAACUUUAUUAAUUUCGGAUAAAUUGUUCAGAUGUCAAGAUGUUGCAACACGGAAACAAUACGUCAACCUUGUGGACAGUGUCAGAGAGUUGGGUGGUGAUGUCAAAAUUUUCUCCAGUAUGCAUGUAUCUGGUGAACAAUUAGAUCAACUGACAGGAGUGGCUGCUUUGUUGCGGUUUCCAAUAACGGAAUUAGAAGAUGAAAGUGAAGACAGCGAAUCAGAAAACGAAGACGACAAAUAGUUAUAUUUAAGAGUAUGGUUGAUAAAACAUUCACAUAGGCCAUUAAUUAAAUAAUUGUAAACAUUAAAAAUUAUUCAAUAA